GACAGAGCUCAGGCCCUGGGUCAGGCAGACUCCUAUUCAAAUCUCAAUGUCACUUUCUAGCUGUUGGGCCUAGGGCAGGGCGCUCCACCUCUGUGCUUCAGUUUCCUCAUUGGCUAAUGUUACUUGUCUCCCGGGGUGAGGGUGACAGGGAUUCAUGUGUAUGACAGACCUCUAGGGAGCUGGUCCCUAGUGGGUUCCCUGAAAAUGCCCGUGCCCCCUCCCUUCCUGCUGGGUCCCAGGCUCAGGGUCUUUGUCUUGUCCUCCCCCUCCCAGAACUGCAUGAACUUGCCCCCGGACAAGGUCCAGCUGCUGAGCCAGUAUGACAACGAGAAGAAGUGGGAGCUCAUCUGUGACCAGGAGCGGUUUCAAGUCAAGAACCCCCCCACAGCCUAUAUCCAGAAGCUGAAGAGCUACCUGGAAACUGGUGGGGUCAGCCGAAAGUUUAAGAGGCGAGUCCAGGAGUCCACUCAGGUGCUGCGGGAGCUGGAGAUCUCCCUGAGGACAAACCACAUCGGGUGGGUGCAGGAGUUCCUCAACGAGGAGAACCGCGGCCUGGAUGUGCUCCUCGAUUACCUGGCCUUUGCCCAGUGCUCUGUCACGUAUGACAUGGAGAACACAGACAAUGGGGCCCCAAGCUCGGAGAAGAGCAAGCCCCUGGAGCAGUCAGUGGAAGACCUCAGCAAGGGCCCACCCGCCUCCUCGGUGCCACAGCCCAGGAGUCGCCACCUGACCGUCAAGUGCCCCCCUUCUCCCCGGCUGACCCCAGCCCACAGCAGGAAGACCCUGCGGAACUCGCGCAUCGUCAGCCAGAAGGAUGACGUCCACGUCUGCAUUAUGUGCUUGCGUGCCAUCAUGAACUACCAGUCUGGCUUCAGCCUCGUCAUGAGCCACCCAGCCUGUGUCAAUGAGAUUGCUCUGAGCCUCAACAACAAGAAUCCCAGAACCAAGGCUCUGGUGCUGGAGCUGCUGGCGGCUGUGUGCCUGGUGCGGGGAGGACACGACAUCAUCCUUGCAGCCUUUGACAACUUCAAGGAGGUGUGUGGGGAGCAGCACCGCUUUGAAAAGCUGAUGGAAUACUUCCGGAAUGAAGACAGCAACAUCGACUUCAUGGUGGCCUGCAUGCAAUUCAUCAACAUCGUGGUACACUCAGUGGAGAACAUGAACUUCCGAGUCUUCCUGCAAUAUGAGUUCACCCACCUGGGCCUGGACCUGUACUUGGAGAAGCUUCGGGUCACAGAGAGCGACAAGCUGCAGGUGCAGAUCCAGGCGUACCUGGACAAUGUGUUUGACGUGGGCGUGCUGCUGGAGGACACGGAGACCAAGAACGCUGUGCUGGAGCACAUGGAGGAGCUGCAGGAGCAGGUGACCCUGCUGACAGAGCGGCUUCGGGACGCGGAGAACGAGUCCAUGGCUAAGAUCGCCGAGCUGGAAAAGCAGCUCAGCCAGGCCCGGAAGGAGCUGGAGACCAUGCGGGAGCGCUUCAGCGAUUCCACGGCCAUGGGCGUCCCCCGGCGUCCACCCGAGCCCGAGAAAGGGCCUGCCCCGGCCUCCGCAAGGCCCUCGGCUCUAGAGCUGAAGGUGGAGGAGCUGGAGGAGAAGGGGUUAAUCCGCAUCCUGCGGGGACCCGGGGAUGCUGUCUCCAUCGAGAUCCUCCCCGUCGCCGUGGCAACUCCAAGCGGCGGUGAUGCCCCGACUCUGGGAGUGCCCACCAGCUCCCCCAGCCCAGGUGCGCCGAUCUCCAAGCCGGUGGACCACCCAGGGCUGGGGCAGCUGGAGGGUGGGACCUUGGCCUCAGUGUCCUCCAAGCGCCUCUCCUACUACCUCCUGCCCGCCCUGUCAGGCCUCGCUGAACCCUGGCUCCCUCCAGCCACCCCGCCCGCUAUGGCCCCCAGUACUCACCAUUCCCUCCCUGUCCCAGGAGUGAAGGCCAAGAAACCCAUCCAGACCAAGUUCAGAAUGCCCCUCUUAAACUGGGUAGCCCUGAAACCCAGCCAGAUCACGGGUACUGUCUUCACUGAGCUCAAUGAUGAGAAGGUGCUGCAGGAACUGGACAUGAGUGACUUUGAGGAGCAGUUCAAGACCAAGUCCCAAGGUCCCAGCCUGGACCUCAAUGCUCUCAAGGGUAAGGCAGCCCAGAAGGCCCUCAGCAAGGCCACACUCAUUGAGGCCAACCGGGCCAAGAACCUGGCCAUCACCCUGCGCAAGGGCAACCUGGGAGCGGACCGCAUCUGCCAGGCCAUCGAGACGUACGACCUCCAGGCCCUUAGCCUGGACUUCCUGGAGCUGCUGACCCGCUUCCUGCCCACGGAGUAUGAGCGCACCCUCAUCGCCCGCUUCGAGCGGGAGCAGCGGCCAAUGGAGGAGCUGUCCGAGGAGGACCAGUUCAUGCUGCGCUUCAGCCGCAUCCCGCGCCUGCAGGAGCGCAUGGCCGCGCUAACCUUCAUGGGCAACUUCCCGGAUACCGUCCAGCUGCUCAUGCCGCAACUGAAUGCCGUCAUUGCAGCCUCAAUGUCCAUUAAGUCGUCUGACAAACUCCGCCAGAUCCUGGAGAUCGUCCUGGCCUUCGGCAACUACAUGAACAGCAGCAAGCGUGGAGCAGCCUAUGGCUUCCGGCUCCAGAGUCUGGAUGCGCUGCUGGAGAUGAAGUCGACCGACCGGAAGCAGACGCUGCUGCACUACCUGGUGAAGGUCAUCGCUGAGAAGUAUCCACAGCUCACAGGCUUCCACAGUGACCUGCACUUCCUGGACAAGGCGGGCUCAGUGUCCCUGGACAGCAUCCUGGGGGACGUGCGCGCCCUGCAGCGAGGCCUGGAGUUGACCCAGCGGGAGUUCGUGCGGCAGGAUGACUGCGUGGUACUCAAGGAGUUCCUGAGGGCCAACUCCCCCACCAUGGACAAGCUGCUGGCAGACAGCAAGACAGCUCAGGAGGCCUACGACUCCGUGGUGGAAUACUUCGGAGAAAACCCCAAGACCACAUCCCCCUCCAUGUUCUUUACCCUCUUUAGUCGCUUCGUCAAGGCCUACAAGAAAGCUGAGCAGGAGGUGGAACAGUGGAAGAAAGAAGCGGCUGCUCAGGAGGCCGGCGCUGAAACUCCAGGCAAAGGGGACUCCCCAGCACUCAAGUCCCCACCCAAGGCUCGGAGGCCACAGAUGGACCUCAUCUCUGAGCUGAAACGGAAGCAGCAGAAGGAGCCACUCAUCUAUGAGAGUGACCGCGAUGGGGCCAUUGAAGACAUCAUCACAGACCUGCGGAACCAGCCCUACAUCCGCACGGACACAGGCCGCCGCAGCGCCCGCCGGAGACCCCCGGGACCCCCCCUGCAGGUCACCUCGGACCUCUCGCUGUAGCCCCCAUUUCCACAGAUGGACUCUGGGGAUGGGGGAGGGGCAAGAUGGGGCUCAAGGAAGGGGGUCCUCAGCUCGGCUGGGCCGGGCAGCCCUUCUGCCGCUGGCCCCAGCCAGGGGCUCACCCAGAUGGGCAGGUGCACUCUCCUCUUGCUACAGGCGUCAGUAUCGCCGGCCCCGCCCCCCAACUGCUGCUCGCAGCGCCCUCCUCCCCCCAAUAGCCAUACUGUACUUAGCCUCAGCGGGAGCCUGGCCGGUAACUUAUAAAGUGCAACCUCGCGCCCCCCCCCCCCCCCCCCCCCCCGGGACUCUCCACGGACCUUAUUUUUAUACAAGAUUAAUAAAGAUGUUUGCAAAA